AGGGAAAUGAACAAUGAAGAAAAACGAUUUAAUCAAGAAGAGGAGGAUGAGGAGGAAAAUGGGAGAGGUCGAGAAGCAUGGGAAAGAACUUAUGCAGAUGAAAGAUCAUGGGAGUCUUUGCAAGAGGAUGAAUCAGGUCUCCUUCGUCCAAUUGACAACACAACUCUAUCCCAUGCUCAAUAUCGACGACGUCUCCGCACUGCAACCGCUGCACGAAUUCAGAAGGGUCUGAUUCGGUACCUCUACAUUAUCAUUGAUUUCUCCAGGGCAGCUGCAGAAAUGGAUUAUAAACCAAGCCGAAUGGUUGUAGUUGCUAGACAAGUGGAGGCUUUUAUAAGAGAAUUUUUUGACCAGAAUCCCCUGAGUCAAAUUGGCUUGGUGAUCUUGAAAGAUGGAGUAGCUCAUUGCUUAACAGAUCUUGGUGGCAGUCCUGAGGCUCAUAUCAAAGCAUUGAUGGGUAAAUUGGGGACCUCGGGUGAUGCAUCCCUUCAGAAUGGCCUAGAUCUUGUGUGUGAUCUCCUAAAUCAAAUCCCAUCGUAUGGUCAUCGUGAAGCCCUUAUCUUGUAUUCAGCUCUUAGCACAUGUGAUCCAGGGGAUAUACUGGAAACCAUCCAAAAAUGCAAAGCGUCCAAGAUAAGGUGCUCAGUAAUUGGUCUCUCUGCAGAACUCUACAUAUGCAAGCAUCUCUGCCAAGAAACUGGUGGAAUGUAUUUUGUUGCAUUGGAUGAGCCUCAUUUAAAAGAGUUGGUAUUGGAGCAUGCCCCACCUCCUCCAGCUAUUGCAGAGUUUGCUGUUGCAAAUUUGAUCAAGAUGGGGUUCCCCCAAAGAACAGCAGAGGGUGUCAUUUCAAUUUGUUCAUGUCAUAAAGAGGCUAAAGUUGGCGGUGGAUACACUUGUCCAAGAUGCAAAGCACGUAUAUGUGAGCUUCCUACCGAGUGUUGCAUCUGCGGACUGACCCUUGUAUCUUCUCCACAUUUGGCAAGGUCAUAUCACCAUCUCUUCCCAAUAAGGCCAUUUGAUGACGUGUCACCCUCAGCUCUGAAAGAUUUUCACAAGUUACCAAAGAAUUGCUUUGGUUGCCAACUGAGUCUUCUAAAUCCUGGAAAUUUGCCAGGUCCGCAGGUUGCUUGUCCAAACUGCAAACAACACUUCUGCCUUGAUUGUGAUAUUUAUAUACAUGAGAGCUUGCACAAUUGUCCAGGUUGUGAGAGCUUAAGGAAUUCCAAGACCAUUAGUGAUAUGGAAGAAUGAUAAGGAUGUCUAUUUCUGAAGUGGUUUAUUCCUCAAACGGAACAAGCUAAAUGGCAAAAUGUAAUGUUAUGUUGGAUGUCCUUUCCAAGUACCAGAAAUCUUGUUUCACAGCAUGUCGUGAGGAAAAGUCAAGCUGGCUGCUUUCAUAGGAUUUUUACUGUUGGAUCCAGCCAAUAUCUAUGGAACAGCUAUGGGAGACACCACUAAUAAUCUCAAAGGUAAAACUUGUAUGGUCUAAUCCAACGUUUGGAGCAAUGCAGGAUCACGGCAUAAUGUAUAUCAAUCAUAUGUCACAAACAGAUUGUUGUUACUUUGUACCCUCAAAUUCUGACUUAAAAAGAAGAAAAAAAGGAAGACAGCGAUGAGAUCUGUUUUACCUUUGAGCCUCAGGAUUUUGACAUUUAUUUACUGGACAAUCCACUGAUGAAAUGACUUCUGAGUGCAUUUCCAAGGGCAGAGGCCUUUGCUACGGGUAGAUGAGUAUAAUUUAUCAGCUACUGUUAAUCCAAAAGAUAUCGUUCAGGAGGACAAUUAACAUUACAAUAGCUCUUAUGAUAUGUUAUGUCCAUGUCACCAUUGAGAAUGACACUUUUGCUGGAAUACCUGUGCUGGUUUUUGCAUACUAUAAGUUGAUAUAAAUCAAACACACUCGAGCCUGCAUCGGUUUCUUGGGUUCGAUUCAAUUUUCGUUGUUUGGUAUGGACUGGUAUGCAGGGAUUCAAUCAAGUUAGUAUUAUAUAUUUACUUUUGUUAAUUACUUAUGAUAUCCAAGUUCACAGUCCUUGAUAACAGUGACAUGCUGGAUUGCACAAGAUGCCAUUGAAUUUGCUUGUGAAAAAUACAUUUAUGCUGUGUU